AAAGCACCUGAGGCUGAGCAGUUUCUCUCACUCCGAGCAAGGAAGUGCUGCUGACAAGAGGGAAGAGUAGGAGACCAACACAGACAACAGGGACUCGACAUUGGACCUGAGUGGCGGCAUCAAAUAAGAGCGGACGGUCAGUGCGCUGGAGAAAUCAGUCACGUCAGUGCAGCGCAGCGCUGGGAAAUGGCUGACACUGCUACGCGAUAUACCACUUCGGCCACGAAUGGGAAAAUUCCAGAUCUACCCCCAAAGCACCAGAAUGGGGCAUCUGUUGAUAAUUCCACAGAAGAGGAUCCGUGGUGCAAUGCAUCGAAUCCACACCAACUACACUUUGAGGACAUAACAUCGGCCGCCUUCAAAGUGAAAAACGGUAUCUUGGUCACACCAUGCAUGAAAUCGCAUUUAUCGGCGUUGACUGGAAUGGAAAUUUUCCUCAAAAAGGACUUCUUGCAGUACACUGGAAGUUUUAAAGAGCGUGGUGCCAGUUACGCGCUGCUGAUGCUGCCAGAGGAGCAGAAGAGGAAGGGCGUGAUUUCAGCCUCGCUGGGCAACCACGCACUGGCCCUUUGUUACCACGGCAAGCGUCUCAACAUCCCUGUAACCGUGGUCAUGCCCAUCGUGGCCCCCAUCAUGAAGAUCCAAAGCUGCCAGCAGUUGGGCGCCAACGUUGUUGUUCAGGGACACGACAUGGGCGAAGCUAAGCAGAUCGCCAUGCGACUCAGCAAGGAGCGAGGACUCGUUUACAUCAACGGGUAUGACCACCCUCACAUCAUGGCUGGCCAAGGAACACUCGGCCUGGAGGUGGUGGAACAAGUGGCCAAUAUUGAUGCCAUCAUUGUCCCAGUUGGGGGCGGUGGACUGAUUGCCGGAGUAGCUCUUGCCAUCAAAACACUGCACCCCAAUGUUAAAGUCAUCGGAGUGGAAUCGGAACGAUGCGCCAGCUUUACGGCAGCCAUAAAGGCUGGAAAGCCGGUGCCAGUGCCCAUUCAGUCAACAUUGGCGGACGGUUUGGCUGUUCCAAUGGUUGGCUACAACGCCUUCAUCACAGCGGCCCCUCUCAUUGACAAAUUGGUGGUUGUGAAAGAAGAAUGGAUCGCCAUGGCAAUUCUGCGGUUGGUCGAGCUGGAAAAGUGCGUCGUUGAAGGUGCCGGUGCGUCAGGACUGGCAGCGAUUCUGGCCGGACACUUGGACGAGUUCAAAGGAAAACGGGUCGUGAUUCCCCUUUGCGGCGGAAACAUCGACACAACGAUUCUUGGCCGCUGUUUGGAGCGUGGAUUGGCCGUCGAUGGCCGCCUGCACAAGUUCACAGUCACCGUCAGCGACAGACCAGGAGGCAUUGCCGAAUUGACAAAGCUUUUGUCCGGCAUGGGCGUCUCCAUCAAGGACAUCAUCCAUGAACGCGCAUGGAUCACCUCAGAUAUUUUCAGCGUACAGGUGAAGGUAGUUUGUGAAACAAGAGACGUGAAGCACGGCAAGCAGUUGAUGAGCGCCCUGAGCGAAAACUACACCAACGUGCAUUUUGAUGACAACGUAUUUUACGGAGAAAUCCCUAGCCCCCUGAAUGAGAAUGGCAACAGCGUGUCAGCUGGCAAACACUAACCCUGGUCAGUUGGACUGGACAAACAUUAUGCUUCACAAAACAAAACUAACGAUUGUAACUUAAUAAAAUUUAAUGCAAAUCAGUAAAAA